AUGUCGAAACGUACAGCAGACGGCGAUAAUGGCGAUGCGCCGCUCAAGAGAGGUGGUCGACCAGAACCUAUGGAUCUCGACGACAACCAGGAAAUGGGCGAGUUUGAGGAUGAGUUCGAAGACGAGUUCGAGAGCGAGGACGAGAUUUUCGAGGCCGGUGUCGAUGGACGGCCCGAUGCCGAGAGGGAAGCAGAAGAGCGCGCAGGCGCAAUGGAUGUCGACAAUGGCACUUUCAUUGUGGGCAGGAACAAGCUCGAGGCAGGCCAGCAUCUUGCGCCUGAUGUUGGCACAUACGAUAUGCUUCACAGUCUGAGCACGCCUUGGCCGUGUCUAUCCUUCGACAUUGUCCGCGACGGACUUGGCGACCAGCGUGAGAAGGUCUACCCGGCGACCAUGUACACCGUCGCAGGAACGCAAGCCGAUAGCACCCACCAGAAGGAGAACCAAUUGAUGGUCAUGAAGUUCAGUGGUCUGAGCAAGAUUGAGCGGCAGGAGGAUGAUUCGGAUUCCGACGAUGACGAUGAUGAGGUCUCGGAUCCCAUUCUGGAGUCCAAGUCCAUUCCCCUGACAUCCACCACAAACCGCAUACGAGCACAUCGAAUGCCAGCGCAAGACCCAUCGAGACCACCUACGACCUUCACAGCAACCAUGACCGAGUCAAGUCAGGUCUUCAUCCACGACAUCACACCCCACUUAGCCUCCUUUGAUACCCCGGGCACCGUCAUCACGCCCCAGCAAAACAAGCCUCUCUCCACCAUCCGCGCGCACAAGUCAGAAGGCUACGCCCUCGACUGGUCGCCACUUGUUCCCGGCGGGAAACUACUGACGGGUGACAACGACGGCCUGAUCUACGCGACGACGCGGACAGACGGCGGCGGCUGGGUGACAGAUACGCGCGCUUUCCAGGGACACACCGGCAGCGUCGAGGAGAUCCAAUGGAGUCCACAAGAAGCUUCCGUCUUCGCUUCGGCAUCUAGCGACGGCACAGUGCGCGUGUGGGAUGUAAGAAGUAAAAGCCGCAAACCUGCUCUCACGGUGCAGGUCUCCAACACAGAUGUUAACGUCAUGAGUUGGUCGCGCUUGACAACGCAUCUUCUGGCCACAGGCGCCGACGAUGGCGUGUGGGGUGUCUGGGAUUUGAGGCAAUGGAAGCCCCAAACUGGCGCUUCGGACAAGCCAUCGCCUAUUGCCAGUUUUGCCUACCAUCGCGACCAAAUCACAUCCAUUGAGUGGCAUCCGACCGAUGACAGCAUGGUGGCCGUCGCUGCUGGCGAUAACAAAGUCACAUUGUGGGAUUUGUCCGUUGAGUUGGAUGAUGAAGAGAGCAAGGACACAGCGGGUGUUCAAGACAUGCCACCCCAGCUGCUGUUUGAGCAUAUUGUUGAGCACGCUAAAGAGGUCCAUUGGCAUCCUCAAAUCCCGGGCACAUUGGUGGUGACGGGUAGUGAGUUCAGCGUUUGGCGGCCUAUUCCCGUCGUGUAUGGUGUUCCGACAAAAUAG